CAUAUCAACACCUCGCUAAUAACUUCACAUCUAUCUCCACCUGGUCGUCGUUGACCUUACGGAAUUGUAAGCUGUCCCUUCUACCCUUUCCGACUGCUAUGCGGCACUUGACAGAUGGUGGCGGAUAUCAAAUGCGCAGCGCGUGCGCUCGCAGGAUCCUGGAUACGAUAGUGCUUCUUUCAAUCAUGGCAGCCUAUUUGGGUCCAGAAUGACUGCAAUGCAUCCUGAACAGAGCAUCUGUCCUUUGCUUCUGUCUGCAUAUAGACUUGGGAGUUCACCUUCUAUCGCGCAAUGCUAACCUCCUGUCUCCCAUAGAAUCGACUUUAGUCACGAUCAAUAUCCGAUCUCACCCACACAACACAACCUCAUCCCGCAAUCAUGGGUCUCACAUUCUCAAAGCUCUUUGAUAAGCUCUGGGGAAAGAAGGAGAUGAGAAUUCUGAUGGUUGGUUUGGAUGCUGCUGGAAAGACCACAAUUCUCUACAAGCUCAAGCUCGGUGAAAUUGUCACAACCAUCCCUACAAUCGGAUUCAACGUUGAGACCGUCGAGUACAAGAACAUUCAAUUCACCGUAUGGGAUGUUGGUGGACAGGACAAGAUCCGACCCCUGUGGAGACAUUACUUCCAAAACACCCAAGGCAUCAUCUUCGUCGUUGACAGCAAUGAUCGUGAUCGUGUUGUUGAGGCUCGAGAGGAGUUGCAACGUAUGUUGAACGAGGAUGAGCUUAGGGAUGCCAUUCUUUUGGUCUUCGCCAACAAGCAAGAUUUGCCAAAUGCCAUGAACGCUGCUGAGAUCACAGACAAGUUGGGUCUUCACAGCUUGAGACAACGUGCCUGGUACAUCCAAUCCACCUGUGCUACCUCUGGAGAUGGUCUUUAUGAGGGUUUGGAGUGGCUCGCACAAACCCUCCGAAAGGCUGGUCAUCAGUAAAUCUGGCGUCCCUUUUUCCCUGCAAUCCGAUUGUCUUUCAAGCUUCCAAAACAAUCGAACGUCCAUAUCAUAACGUCUCCAUAUCGACCAUUGGUGCCCCGUCCUAUGAAUCAUCUCAGUCUCUUCGGUUCUAC